GGAGUUAAGUUACAAAAGUAUUAAGUCAUAUUUUCCAAAGUUUGGUUUCAUCAUGUCAAACUUGUCUCUCACAUUAAUCAUGACAGACAAAUUUGAGUAUUGUUGUUAUGUAGCACAUACAGGUCUACAAAUUUUUAUCCAAAAAUCUGAAAACCAAAAAUCUCUAAAACCUGAACAUUCAUUAAAGGGCUGUCAUUUGCAUGCAAAGCUUGUGUUUUGCAAGAAACAAGAUCCAACACAUCUCUUGCUCAGCCAACACCAUGCAAAUGAUACUUCUGGUCAUAAAUAUCUUUAAUUUUUGGUGACUGAAAGAUUAUAGAAUAUUAAAAGAGCUGUAUAUUCCAAUGGGAGGCCACAUGAAGCAGAAAAAGGAAGUGUUUAUCAUUAUCAAUAGAGCAGAAAGUUGAAUUAUUGCAAAAGCUUGACUAUGACUUGCACCAGAUACAUUAGUAGUGCAAAUUUUUCCAGAGGAUAUUAUUUUGGAGUGGUUGAGUGUGACACAUAAUGAGGCUAGAAUGGAAGAGAAAGCUAAAUACUGCACAGAAGAGUCUAACACCUAACAAAAUUCAGCUUGGUCAGCUGGUGUAUUUGCAUGGCAUCUAAUGGAAAAUUAUUGUGUGGAAACUUACACCAUGAACAACUAACAAGAAACAGAAGAAUAAGUUGUUAGCAAUAACCAGAGGGUAAUGAAAAAUAGUAAAAGAUUGUAUUGGCAAAAAAUCAUAUACAUGAAUUAUGAAUAGAUAAAUAAAAAUCUCUUUACAGUAUAUACCAAGCUGGCAAUCCCACAGUCAUUGGACCAGACAAAGCAACACACCCAUACACACAUCAUAUGAAUAAAAAUAAAUAAGUAAAAAUAAUAAAGUUCUGCUUUGUUUUACUUAGAAAUAAAUAAAUAAAUAAAUAGCAAUGUUAUCAUCUAUCAUUAACACUUACUAAAAACAGUGUUGAAGAUCUACUAUUCCAAAAUCUCAGAAAUUUUGCUUUACAUUGUCACUAGCCCCAAGUAUUUUGGAUUAAAGAUUGUGGACCUGUACCAUAAUGCAAUUACUAGAUUAGUAUUAUUUGUGAUAUACACAGAUUAACCAUGUUUUAAACAUAAGGGAUCUGUAAAUAAUAAAAUACUUUGUUUAAGAAAAUAUCUGAUUUAUUGCAGUUUCAUAGUGGUAGGGGACAGUCUGGCUGCACAUUCCAUGACCAAGUUUAGAAGGAAUUCUGCUAAUCUAUACCCUGUACAUUAUAAAAGGUAACUGAAAGGUACAUGACAGUGGGACUAGAAACUUUUUUUUUUUCUCCUCCAUAAUGAGGCAAGGCAUGUUUUCUUGUCUUGGCUACCCUCCAUUUCUUGCUGAAGCUGCAUGGGUGUUCCACACACAUUGCCCAGUAUGUCUUGAGAUUUUGUUGAAAAUACCUUAUUUUCAAUCUUCACUUAUGCAGCUCACCAUGUCUCUUCAUGUUAAAGUUAAUGGCAGGAAAAAAAUAAAAACAAAAACUAAGUUGAGAGAUGUAUCUUUGGGUAGGUGAGGAAGAGGUGUAAUUUUCAGCAUGAGAGCACAUUGGGUUUAGAAGGCUGCCUAAAGGCCUGUCCACACCAGGAAAUAUUAUUUCCUAUCCAGACCUCAGUUGUCAUCAGGAUGCCUGUGAGUGUAGAGGUUGCUGCAGCAGCCUAGCACUUUUACCUAGCACUUUUGCUAGUACACUCAAGGAAGGGCAAGAAAAAGAGAUGGGUGAGGAAGUUUUUUAGAAAAAGGACCCUUUCAUGGUGACUUGCUUCUGGCAGAUCUGAAAGUAGAUGGAGCAGGUUUCACCAGUUUUCUCUGGAUGUCCACAACUUACUUUGAAAUACUUUUACAAAUGAUGGCACCCAAAUAUCUGGAAAGGAUACAAAAUACAGAAAGGCCAUUUCACCCUCCAUCAGACUGGCUAUUACACAGUAAUGCACACAUGAUACAUCCCACAGUGCUGGCGAUGAAUGCAGCAAUUCAAUAAACUCUACAGUUUUUUUCUGCUGACCAUAUGGUGUCACUCCAAGCCUCGUGCUGGUACUGUUUCAUCACCUCUGCCCCACACACACACACACACACACACACACACACAGUGUUUUCCAUUCUGGAUGAGAAACAAAUAUAUGUGAAAAAUUGUUUGGAAACAGUUUGCAAACUUUGUUUCCAAACAGUUUGCAAAUUGUUUGCAAACAUUGUUUCCAAACAAUCUUUCCUGGUGUGGACAGGCCUUAAGUGUUGGGGGUGGGGGUAGAUUUCCAGCUGCUCUUCAUCCUAUUCCAUUUGCUGCACUUACUUCUCUAACUCAUGUUCCUUAUCUUCCUUCCAUUCUUCUCCUCAUCUUCUUUCCUCCCUUCUCCUUUCCAUCUAAUAUAGCAUGAGCUUUUGUUUACUUACACAUUGUAAUAGGGAACCUUGCUAUAAAAGCUUCUUUAUCAGACUUGCUAUAUGAUGAGGUAUCUUCAGUAUCUUAAGUGCUACUGGCACUAUGGGUACCAUGAAAAUGUUCAGGAAUACCACUAGAGAAAGGCUGCAUUAUAUUGAGAUAAGUAUUUCCUAUUGUAUCACUACACUUGUACACUUGUAGCUACACUUGAGCUACACUUGUAGCUCAAAACACCUAUCAUCAUUGUCUUUUCAACCAUCACUUCCAAGGCUAGAUACUGUAAGAUCUAGCUCUCACUUGAUAGCACUUAAAGUAAGAGGUAAGGAGUCAAAUUCUUGACAAACUGCAUGUAGGAGAAUCUAGAAUUACAGAUGUAGCCAUAACUGUGGCUCCCGAGAUAUUGGAACUGCUGAUAUAUCAUCUGUCUCAAGAAAAAUAAUGUGUCUCAGAAUUCCCCAAGGGCAGUCCAAACUGUGCCUACCAAAGUGUAUGUGACACCUGCAGCCUACAUAGCACUGAGUUACCAUCACAUAUGUAUGACAUAACCGCAGCUUAAGGGUUAAUGUGGAUCUCAGCAUAACGUAUAAAUAGGUCAUAAUUUUAGAUUCACCAUGAGAUUCUUUGUCAUUAAUAAUGUGUUAACUCUCCUCCCCCAUUCCCCCCCUUGAGACCUUAAUUAAAGGCUAAGAUUUUUCUCCUUCAUUCUUGGGAAUGAUUGCAGAUGUGAUUGUUACAUCAGGUGCCCACUUUGUGGGGAAUAUCAGCUUGUUGUAUGGGUAAAUAUUCAAUAAAAAAUGUCUAUCUCUAAGGGGAUAUGAGCCUAUUAUGUAGAUCAAUAUUACUUUGAAUAUUUCAGUUCAUCAUGUUGACCUUAAACAAAUAGUAAAACUAUAAAAUAUUGGAAUAAAUAGGUCUCAUAAAAUUAAUUAUAUAAUUAUACAUAAUAUUUUUCAUGCAUUAAAAAGUUAGUACAUUAUUUUAUAGCGACCUUAGCCUCCUUAUUUUGCCCAAGGACACAAUCAGAUAAUUUUCAGUUUCUUAAUUGUUCUGAUGUUUAAAAAAAGUUGCCACAUAUUACACCAGUGCAUGCUCAUCUUUCAAAUGUCUCGCCUCCAUUGCAUCUGAUGUACUGGUAAAUUUUGUGUAAAGAGCUAUAAAUUAUUAAAAAAAGUCUCCAGAACUCAUGUUUACUGAGAAGGUGGUAUAACCUGUAUCAUUGCCUGAAGUUUAAGAUAUGCACUGCUCAUCUCAUACACAACAGUUGACCAAUGCUACUCAGUGAACAUAAUCAUCUGAUUUCUACUGUUCUUUUCCUAGGCUAACAUGUGAUAUCUUAUUCUCCAUCUUAAUCUGUAUGGUGGUGUUCACUUAAAUUUUGUUACUUAGAAAGCUGCUUUACUAAUAAGUCCAAUACUCAGAUGUUCAUUGAAGUACGCAAUUUAUUAUUUUAGUGUUAUGUGCGUAUGGAUUCUUUUCUGUGUUCUUAGAUUAUCAGUAUCUUUAAUGAAUGCCUAAUCUAGCCAUGAUUCAGUGCCAAAUAUUAUUCAGCAUCUCAAAAUAUGAGCUGUAGGAUAACCUUACUUGCCUGUAUUGGUUCACUGAUCAGUAGUAAGGUUUCUAGUUUUCAGGACCUGCAGUGACUGGUUAAUAUAAUAGUAGUGAUUGCAGUUCCACAUUUUCCAGCAGUAAAUUAUUGUACCUUUUUUCUAUCCAAGGUGGAAUAAAUAUGACAAGUUCUUUUCCCCACCUUUGAGCCCCUUGUUGCAUCAGUGAACUUGUAUAUUUACACCAUGGUCUGUAAAUAUAAGUUUUCUCCACUUGUAAGCUCUCCUUGUUGCAUUACUGAACAAAAUGUACAUCAAAAACAGUAUUUACAUUUCAUACACAAGACAUACAAUUAAAAUGCAGUAAAUAGUUGAUUAAAAUGGUAAUUGAAA